AUGGCCGAAUCGCUAGCAGCCUUCCGCGAGCGCCGCUCCAAAGACCUGCAGCAACUGGCAGAGGAGCACAUGCAGCAUGACCUCAACGAGCAAGAUCGCGAAAUCCUCAAGACAGCAGCGGGCAAGGUGUCUCGGCACGCGGGCUUCGCGUCGGCACUGGGGCUGGGACUGGGCAUCUACACGGCGUUCCGUCUGCGGGCGAUGCGGCUCGCCUACUUCAAGGCGUUCCGGGCCAUGGAGAAGCCAGUAGAGGUGCGCUUCGCAGACGGCCGCACCGAGCCCAUCCCCGACAUGACGGCGCAGAUGCGCGGACCGUCGCGAUGGGGCGACGCAGCGGCCUUCUUCUUCUUCUCGGUCGGCGGCCUGUUCCUGGGCGGCGAGCUGGGCCUGCUGACGGGGACGGCGAGCGCAUCGCGGGUGGUUACCAGGGACGCGGAGAGCAGGCAGCGCAUCGAGAAGGCGUUCAAGAACUACCGCAUCGACGUGCUGCAGCGCGAGAUUGAGGCGCUGAGGGGCAAGAGCCGGUUUGAGGACUUCUUCAGCAGCGGGGGGUCGAAUGCGUGA